AUGGUGAAAUCGCUGAAGGGUCUGAAGCAGAGGUCGUUGGACUCCUUUUCCAACCUGCUAUACGACUACGCUGGGUUCGUGUAUGAACGACCCUGUAAAAUCAUCAUCGCCAGUCUCCUGGGAUGUCUACUGCUAAGCAUGGGCUUCUACUACAGAGAGCAUGAAAAAGACAUCUACAAACUUUACUCCAUAUCAAAUUCAUACGCCUGUGAAACGAAUGAGACCAUUAAUGACUUUUUCCACAAAAGUCGAAAGGCCUUUAUCCUCGUGGAGUCAAACUGCAAUUUGUUAAAACCUCAUAUUUUAAAGGAGCUGAAGCAGUUCGAAGAUGGAACGAAGGAAAUACAAGUAGACCUAACAGAGAUCAAUGAAUGUGGGAAAGAUUCUGAGCCGCCACCUGUACAGACGGAAGCGUCGAAGGAGGUCUAUAAUAUGCUUUUAAAUAAACAAGAUGUGAAUGCCAACUUGGAUUGGAAGCCAAACUUCAAAAGGUUGAAUUUUAACUUUGCCCUGAAUAAGCUCCUUGCACUGAAGAACAAACUGACGGAGUAUAAAAGCGACGAUAAGAAAAAGGGGAAAAAAAAGAAGGGGAACAAAAAUAGCGACAACGAGGAUGAAGAGGAUGAGGACGACAGUGAUGAGGAGGAGGGUAAAAAGGAAGGGGAAAAUGACACCACUAACAGCAAUCCCAACGAAGAAGACAACAACAGUAACAACAACAAUGGUGAGGAUUCUGAUGGGAACCAAGUUAAGGGACUGCAGGACAAAAUUCAAAAAAUAAUGGAUGAGAAGAUAAAGUGGCUGAAAGGACAAAUUACGAACCUGAUGAACGGAAAGACAGACGCCAACCUAUUAGAGGAGAAACAAAUGCCAAAGGUAAAUCUGGCUGACUUUGAGGGGGACACCUUUUUCCCACCCUAUUAUAUCCCCCCCAUGUUGCUGAAGGAGGACAGGUGUCUACUCCAAAACGUAUUUAAGGAGAAAAAUUUAAACAUAAAUUUGAGGGAGGCAAGUGAGGAGUUGAAAAAGCAGGUCACCUUCACCUUGGAAGACAUAUGCGAAAAGAAGUAUAACGAUUGUAAUUUGAGUUCCAUCUUUUUGUACUAUGAGAAGGGGAAUGCAAAGUAUGAAAACCCGAUCAAAGUAGACAACCUAGACUUCUACGUUAAUAGAAAGACGUUUAAGGAAAUGGUGUUGAAAGGUAUUCUCGGGAACAUGCAAUACAAGGAGAGUCCAUUCAGCUAUACGAUCACUUCUGCCAAUGCGAUCAUGACUAUGAUCCCCCUUUUAAACUCCACCAUGUAUGAACCAUACGUAUUGGCAUAUGAGAAGAAGCUAAUAGAUUACGUCCGUUCGUACAAUAUGGAUGAAGUUAUACAGAACGAGGAAACCAAUGAUGGGAAUGAACCGUUCAUAAAAUUUCACGUGUUUACAGAGAGGAGCUUAGAAGACGAAGUGGAUAGAAUUUCUAAAAUAGACAACCUAACUAGACUGCUCUUUCUGAUUGGUGUGUGUCUGAUCUUUAUGUAUGCCCUGUUUAAUAAUGUCACAUCUGUUCUGUAUAGGAGUAAACCUCUCUGUGCUGUUAUGGGUAUUCUGUGUGGUUUCUUGGGUUACCUUGCUGGUUCAGGCUUUUUGUUCUUCCUCGGGGUGAAGUCCGUCCCUCCCGCCGAAACGGUGCCCUUCCUUGUCAUCGGGGUUGGCGUGGAUGACGUGUUUGUAAUUUUAAAUUCGUACUCACUCCUCUUCAUGAUCAAGGAUAAUAAGAAGAGAAUUCAGCUUUGUCUAAAGGACAGUGCCUUGGCCAUUACAGUCACUACGUUAACCAACAUUAUUGCUUUUUUGAUUAGCUCCGUUUCUCCCUUCUAUUCCAUAUGUAGCUUUUCCCUCUUCACCGCGAGUUCCCUCUUCUUUGGGUACCUCAUGGUGCUUACUUUACUGCUUAGCUUCCUCUGCAUUGAGGGCAAAUUGGAGAACAAGAAGAGGAAUGUCUUCUCCGGUACUGCUCUCCUCUUCUGCUCCUUCUUCCGCAGGGGGAAAAAUAAAGGAAAAGGUGUCACUCCUAGCGGUUCCAAUGCCGUGUUGGCCAAUGGGUCAGUUGGUCAAACUGGUGCCGGUGUGACUAUCCCUAGAGGGGAUAACACCACCACCCCCGAACAGAAUAACCUGCUCUCUCUGGAGGUGUCCCAAAAUGAAGACGACUACAAGAAAACACCACCCGAGUAUGAAAAUAUUUCCAUCUACGAAUGGAUUCACAACCUCUACCUUUUCGAAGAAUCCUUUAAUAAAAAGAAAAAAAAUGCCACCGUGUAUUCUUCAAAUGAGAUCAGCAGCAAAGGGUGCAAUGGCGAAAAUGGAACGCAACCUUAUCUUGCACCGAAUGAUGGACUUGUACUGGAAAAUGUAGGUUUGGAUAAGAAGAAGCGAAAAGGUGGAACUACCGCAAAUGACGCAUCAGGGAAAAGCAGAAACGACCCAAUGGCUCAUAACUACUACUCCGGAGCGGAGGCAGGCACUACCCCCAUGGAGGAGGAAGAAGAGGAUGAUCCAUUGUCGUCAUCCCCCCCAAUGAGACCAGACGUCCUCCACGUGGAAGAGGGUGAAAAAAAAAUAACCAUCGUGAAUGACAUGUUUGCAGGUCCAGCUGGCACUCCAAAUGGUAAUGACUUGGAUGAUAACGUUACGGAUAGAGGCGUGGUCAGAGGAGGGACGACCACUGGGCGUGGAGGGUUCCCUCGAGAAAGGAAGAACCUCCUGCAGGACCGUGCAGACCACGGGGAUCAUCACCAUUACAACAAUUCGACGGAAAUGGCCACGAAGGAUACACUCCUCCUAAGCAACCUGCACGAUACGGAUAAGAAGAACAUAUACCUGUUAAGUUCCCACGAUAAUGCGCUCUUCUACAAGUACAUCUACGAAGAACCGAAAGGAAACAUAGGAAAAUAUUUCCGUUCCCUGGUGAAGAAUUAUUAUGUGCCUUUCCUCUCCUCCUCCAUGGGGAAAGCAAUCGUGUAUGUCCUUUUCUCCUUCAUCCUUAUGCUCUCCAUUUAUGGCUGCACGUUAAUGAAGAAGGGAAUUAAAUAUGAUAAGGCCUUUCCAGUAGAUUCCUACGUAAGACUUUUCUCCGAAGCAAAGACCAAGUACUUCCCUCACUAUGGAGACAUGAUAGAGGUGUACUAUUUUGACAAGGACUUCGUCAACAAAUACAGACAACUGAAUCAUCAGGUGGAUGAGGUCUCUUCAUCUCUUCUCUACUCCGACAGGACAGACCGAGAAAUGAUGAAAAAUCCAAAGCUGAACAAAAACAUCCAUUGGGAAGUGAAGGAUCUCCAGGACGAAAUACUAGAAAUGAAUGACGAGUUAGAAGAACAGGAUUUCGUCUCAGGGGUGGCCAAUGGGUUUACGCUCUUCCUUAACGGCAAUAGUAAAAAAUUGAAAAACGAAACACCCGAACAAUUUUACGAUACGUUUGUUGAUUGGAUUCAGCAUGACUUCGUAGGGAACCUUUUUAAAAACGACUUCAUCUUCCUGAACAAAAAGCUCAUCGCCUGGAGGUACUUUUACUUCCAGACAAAUGUAGACGAUUCAGAGAUUUCUUCCAAGUGGUUGAAGACCUGCAAACAAAUCAGUAAACUGGAGGACCACAAUGUGCAAUUGCAGUGUUUUCACAUUAGUUCCAUUUUUAACGAGACGGAUGAAGCCAUUAUUGAAGUUACCCUUAUUAACCUUGGCAUAACAAUCAUUACCAUCCUUAUCGUCACAGCUUAUAUUAUUAAGGGGUUCAACUCCUGCCUCAUUAUUGCUCUGAUCAUUUUCCUCAUCGAUCUUUGCAUCUUUGGCUUCAUGUGUCUCUGCGGCAUCACCGUCAAUAUUAUUUCGAUGGUCAUCCUGGUCCUCUCAGUCGGCUUCUCCAUUGACCACACCUCCCACAUCGUCCAGGCCUUCACCCACAGCAUGGGAAAAACACGGGACGAGAAGAUGAAGGAAAGUCUGCACCUCAUGAUAGGACCCGUCCUGCACAGUGGACUCUCCACCUGGUUUGUCAUAAGUACCCUCUUCUUUUCCAACAAGGAUUUCACAGUCAUUUUCUUCCAAACGUUGAGUCUGGUUCUCUUUUUUUCCGUGACCUUCUCUUGCAUGUUAUUGCCAGUGCUGCUCUCGAGCUUUGGCCCGUUGUAACUCUUUUGAGU